GCCGGAAAGCGACGCAGGCGCCACAGACCACACCGCCACCUGUUACCCGCCGGUCGAUUCGUCGAGCUGCCCCGCCGUCCCCCGCCCCUCCUCGCCUCCUCGGCUCCCCGCACCGGCGGCGAUGACGACGCCGACGGCUACAGCCGCGCCCCUCACCGGGAUGGACAAGUACGAGGAGGUGCGGGACAUCGGGUCGGGAAACUUCGGGGUGGCCCGGCUGAUGCGCCACCGCGAGAACGACGGGCUCGUCGCCGUCAAGCUCAUCGAGCGCGGCCACCGGAUUGACGAGAAUGUGUACCGGGAGAUCGUCAACCACCGCUCGCUCCGGCACCCCAACAUCAUCCAGUUCAUAGAGGUGAUCCUGACACCGACACACCUUGCAAUCGUGAUGGAGUACGCGGCGGGUGGCGAGCUCUUUGAUCGAAUCGUCGAUCGCGGCCGGUUUAGCGAGGACGAGGCCAGAUAUUUCUUCCAGCAGCUGAUCUGCGGCGUAAGCUACUGCCAUCACAUGCAAAUAUGCCAUAGAGAUUUGAAGCUGGAGAAUGUUCUCCUGGAUGGUAGCCCGGCUCCCCGGCUCAAGAUAUGCGAUUUUGGGUACUCCAAGUCUUCAGUACUACAUUCAAGGCCCAAAUCUGCGGUGGGGACGCCGGCAUACAUUGCACCGGAAGUUCUUCGUCGCCAGGAAUAUGAUGGGAAGAUGGCAGAUGUAUGGUCCUGUGGGGUGACUCUCUAUGUCAUGCUUGUGGGAGCCUACCCAUUUGAAGACCCGGAUGACCCCAAGAAUAUUAAGAAGAUCAUUCAGCGGAUAGCAGCAGUCGACUACACCAUCCCAGACAAUAUUCUCAUAUCUGCUGAUUGCAGACAGCUCAUUUCUCUUAUCUUUGUGAGCAAUCCAACGAAGAGAAUCACGAUGAAGGAGAUAAAGAGCCACCCAUGGUUCUUGAAGAACUUGCCGCGGGAGCUCACAGAGGAAGCGCAAGCAGACUACUACGAGAGGAGCAGCAGCGUGCCUUCUUUCUCGAAGCAAACAACCCAAGAGAUCAUGGAGAUUGUGCAAGACGCAAGGAAGAAGCCAAGAUCAAGCACAUCAGGCUAUGGCUACGCGGACGAGUUAUCGGAUGAUGAGGAAAAGAACGCGAAGGUCAGUGUACCGGAACAGACUGACGAAGAAGAUGAGUGUGACAAGAAGGUUAGGGAGGUUCUUGAGAGCGGGGAGCUGGAUAUGAGCCUGUUGCACAUCUAAACGCUGCUUGUGAUGUGGGACUGGGAGGAGGAUAUAGAUAAGGAAGCAUCUAGUGGGCGGCCGGCUGCCCACUAGCGUGAUGAAGCGGCCAGCCAUACAUGCGCGAGCGGCUGGCCUAAAAUAGACAUGCAUGUGUGUAAUUUUUGUCCGCUAGCGCAUGUAUCUUUUAGCAUUUAAUACAUUCACACCGGUCACAGUCAGUUGGAAAAAACA